UGACGGCUGCUGAAGAAUCUGCUGCUGAACAUCAUCUCAUCACCUGGUAAACAUCACCGUCUGGCAAAGAUGAACAAUAGCAACAGUGAGAAAGAACCAGAGACUACAGAGGCACUUCGCUACCUCAGUAAAACGGAGAUGUCUGCCAUUGAAAAAGAGCUGCUCACGGACUAUCGCUUUGGGAAGCAGCAGUUGAUUGAGAUAUGGGGUCAUGCCUGUGCUGUUGCCAUCACAAAGGCUUAUCCGCUGAGUUCUCUGACCAAGAAACAACCUACAGUGCUGAUAAUUUGUGGACUGGAGCAGAACGGCGCCAUCGGCCUGGUGUGCGCCCGUCACCUGCGCAUAUUUGAGUACGAACCCACCAUCUUUUAUCCCAAACGCUCUUCUGAUGGCUUAAACCAGGACUUUACCACUCAGUGUGAGAAGAUGGAUAUUCCUUACCUUUCUUAUCUGCCAACUGAGGUUCAGCUUAUAAAUGAUGCCUAUAAUUUGGUGAUUGAUGCCAUCCUGGGCCCAGAAACAGACCUGAAAGAUGUGAAGGAGCCUUAUUUGGCAAUACUGGGCAGUCUCAAACAGGUGAAGAUCCCAAUCGUCAGUGUGGAUGUGCCAUCAGGUUGGGAAGUAGAUGAGGCAAAUAAAGAUGGGAUUAAUCCAGAUGUUCUCAUCUCUUUGAUGGUUCCCAAAAAGUGUGCCAGCAGUUUCUCGGGAAAGCACUUUCUAGCUGGACGUUUUCUUCCAUACGACAUGCAGAAAAAAUAUGAACUCAAUCUGCCUGAAUUUUCAGGAACCGAUUGCUUUAUAGAACUGUAACGUUUUGGAUGCGUAUAAUGAUAUAUACAUUUAAAUAUUUUGUACUUUCCAGGUUGUUGUUGGAUGUUGUUUAGCAUUUUGUGCACAAAGACUGUUGUGGUUGCUGAAUAUGAUGCACAUGCCGUGUGUAGAUACUGUGUGUAGCGUCUAUCUGGUUUGCUUGAAGAAUACAAUAUUAUUUUAUGUAUUUUUAUUUAUAUAUUUAUGCAAUUUUACAUUAUAGAGGAAUGACUGUUGCACUCUUAAUUCAACACAGAUUUGACUGUUUAUUUAAUUUAUGAUAAUAGUUUAAUGUUCUUUAGCUUUUUAUUAAUAAAGCUGGUACAGUG